AUGGACAUGGACAAAGGCCCACCACCAGCAGAACAAUCACCACCACCAUCACACGAACCUCUGACAUCUGCCCCUGCGCCCUGGCUGCAUCCUCCUGCUGCAUCUUUCCCCUCGAGUUCGCAUCCAACUUUGCAACAAUCAGCUCUAUCAGACUCGACCCGCCCUAAAUCUCUCAACAUCACAACAUCCGACACUGCCUCUUCCACCACCACCACCCACAACCUACCCACCCUCAACCACGAUGACUCCACCACCUCGCCUUCUUCAGCCAGAUCAAGUCAAGCCGAAUCGCAGGACACUGGCUCCACAGAUUUGUUAGACAGGAAGCCUCUGCAGGUUGUCGAGAAUCUCAAGACUGAAGCCGGCAAUGAACAACAAUGCUCACUUUCCACUUCUCAAAGCCCAGAGCCCUUUUCGUUAUCCGGCACCAAGCGGACAGCCACCGGCCAGUUGAAGAGAUCCAGUGUGAAUGGUCUAGGGGACCUGGUUGCCAAAGCUUCCAGUCACACGCGCGCCUCAAGUAUGGUCUCAAAUGGGAGUAACAGUAAUGGAAAUGUUCUCGAGGUCUCUCAACAGCUACGCACCAAACUUAAAUACGCCAUGAUCAAGGUUCAGAAUGGUUGGCAGUCGCGGACAUUUGAUGAGAUUGAGUCUCUCGCCUCUCAAUCUCCUCGCUCCACCGUGUCUGGCUUCCAACAUUUCAACGACCCUCAGUCCAUACUGUCACCUCGCAUUGUCAUGACGAGGAAAUAUCAACGCCAGUCUAGUGAAAGCGAUUCUUCCGACAGCACUGUCGCUUUGGAGCACCGUGGUCUGGUAAAUAUGGUGACGAGCCCUCAAGCUCCAUCGCACCGUGCCUUGGCUCCACCGCUCGAUAUAGGGCCCGCUUCGCGACGCCGGCCCACUCCAAAUGCGUCAUAUCACAACGUCCAUGGUCCGCAGGUUCAAGCGAGACAUUUGCAUUCUUCUAACCCGGUGACUGGUCAACGGACGCCAAGUCAAAAUGCCGCCAUGGAGGCGGAUGCAGUCGAAACUUUGUUGUUUAUGGCCAGUCCAAAUAAUUCAGGCUACAACCCCCCCGGCCGUUCAUCCCAAGAAUCCUCGUCGACUCGUGCCAGCCAGAUCUUUGCUUCACAGACAUCCCCCCUCCGCACACAGUUCAGUCAAACUUCAAUGACAUCGCCGAAGAAAGUGGCAUUUUCUGAGAAGCAUAGCGCCACUUCUGCGGCCGAUAAAGAUGCUUUGAUUGAUCGCAUGCUGGACGAGUUGUCUGAUGACAGUGAUGGAAGUCUUGAGCGAGCUUUCAAACUGGCCGACAAAACUAAACCAACAGCUCAUCCCCUGUCGACUUGA